AUGGUCUGGUCCCAGAUCGAGCCCACGGCACCGCACCUCACCUACAUCGUCCUAUCCACCUUCCUCAUCCUCUACGCUCUCUUCGACCUCUUCAUCCGCAACCGCCUGCACCUCUCGGAGCCCCCUCUCGCCACCGCUGUCGGUAUCAUUUUCGGUCCCAAAGGCGCCGGCAUCUUGCACCCAGAGCACUGGGGCAUCGACGAUGUCUUCAUGCAAGAGUUCACGCGCAUCAUCCUUGGGAUCCAAUGUUUUGCUGUUGGCAUUGAGCUGCCCCCGCAUUGGUUCAGCCAGCACUGGCGCAGCGUGGCGUACAUGCUCGGCCCUGUCAUGGCGUAUGGAUGGAUCGUUUGCGCCGUUUUCAUCCACUUCGUCCUUAAUAUCGACUUCGUUACAUCGCUGAUUAUCGCGGCUUGCUUGACACCGACGGACCCGAUCCUUGCUGCCAGUGUUCUAUCAAACAGCCAGUUCUCGACACGUGUCCCGGAGCGACUGAAGAACCUGUUGUCAGCAGAGAGUGCUUGCAACGAUGGGGCAUCGUUCCCCUUCAUCUAUGUUGGUUUAUCGAUCCUCACUCGUACGACGGUCCGUGGUAUUCUCGGGAAGUGGUUCUUCAUUACAAUCCUCUGGCAAUGCAUCUUCGGCGCUUUCCUGGGUCUCAUCAUCGGUCAGGUUGCCAACCGCAUCCUCCGCUUCGUCCAUGACAAGGAGAUGAUCGGAAGCGCUUCCUACCUAAUCUUCUACUUGUUGGCUGCCGUCUUCUGCACCGGAGUUGCCAGUACGCUCGGGACCGACGAUUUCCUGCUUGCUUUCAGUGCGGGUAUUGGCUUCGCCCGUGAUGGCUGGUUUCGCGAACGGACCGCUGAGGCGCGCAUAGCCGAAAUUAUCGACCUCCUGCUCAAUUCUACCAUGUUCGUUUACUUUGGCUCCAUAAUCCCCUGGUCAUCCUUCACCAUGAAAAGUGAGCUGUUCCGUAUCAACCCAGGCCUCCUUCUCGGUCUUCUGGUCCUCGUGCUGCUGUUCCGCCGUAUCCCUGUUGUCUUCACCCUCCAGCCUUUGAUCAAGGAUAUCCAAACCCGUCGAGAGGCUCUGUUCGCAGGUCACUUUGGUCCGAUAGGGAUUGGCGCGCUCUUCUUGGCCAUUGAAAGCCGUGCCCAGCUGGAGACGGACUCGUCAGAGCCACUGCCCCAUCCGCCUGGCGACUUGCCAUUGCGCCGUCAGCGAGCAGUGGAGGUGAUCUGGCCUGUGGUAUGCUUUGUAGUCCUUGGGUCGACGAUGGUGCAUGGGUUGAGCACUCUGGCGAUCAGUGUCGGGAGCCAUUAUUCACGGAAGGAGGGUGAGAGGGCGCCGUUGAUUGGAGGAGAGAGGGAACGGUUUGCUGGCAUGAUCCACGAGGAGAUUGAAGAGGAGGAAGAGGAGGCGGGCGACUGCGCGUACUAG